CGAGGCAGGAAGUGCCCGGCGCCCGCUGUCGCGCCCGCACCCAACCCGCCACCGUCGCUGCUCGCUCCGCUCCGGGCGUCCCCAUCUCGUGUCUGGCACUGAACUACCCAAACAGCCGCUAUGUCGAGCAAAAGGGCAAAGACCAAGACCACCAAGAAGCGCCCUCAGCGCGCAACAUCCAAUGUGUUUGCCAUGUUUGACCAGUCACAGAUUCAGGAGUUCAAAGAGGCCUUCAACAUGAUCGACCAGAAUCGAGAUGGCUUCAUCGACAAGGAGGAUCUGCAUGAUAUGCUUGCCUCCCUGGGGAAGAAUCCAACCGACGCGUACCUGGACGCCAUGAUGGACGAGGCUCCAGGCCCCAUCAAUUUCACCAUGUUCCUUACGAUGUUUGGGGAGAAGCUGAACGGCACAGAUCCGGAAGAUGUCAUCAGAAAUGCUUUUGCCUGCUUCGAUGAAGAAGCAACAGGCACCAUUCAGGAAGACUACCUGAGAGAGCUGCUGACGACCAUGGGAGAUCGCUUCACGGAUGAGGAAGUGGAUGAGCUGUACAGAGAAGCCCCCAUUGAUAAAAAGGGGAACUUCAAUUACAUUGAGUUCACGCGCAUCCUUAAGCACGGAGCGAAAGACAAGGAUGACUGAACGAACUUGCGCUCAAACCUUCCAUUUACCUGGUCUUCCUCUUCGAUUUCCACGACACCUUCCCCGGCACCCUGCUCUCAUAGAACCUGUUGCAUGCACUCAGCUCCACAGCUUUACCGGUUUGGGGAUGUAUUUAUUCCAGGCCUCUCUGCCACUUAGCACCUGUAUAUUGAGUCUGGGAGUGGGGACAAGAUUGUAAAUUGUAUUGAAAAAGAGAUUAUGAAUAAAAAUCAACAAACGUGAAA